AUGGACUGCUCCAACACCAUGUUGGAUUUGCUCAUACUUGCAUCCUUAUGGACGGCAGUAGCAGGGACCUCAGCAGUAGCAAGGAGCAGAGAGAGUCCUAGAACAGAGUCUCUUAGCCAUCUGAUCACCCACAAGGCCAUGGUCAGAAGGUUAGAGGCUAGAUCUCUACAGGACCAUGGAGCCCAUACAACUUCUUCCAAUUACACCAGCCUUCCCUCAGCCGCCACGCUUGCUGCCUGCCAAACAAGCUGCGGCAACCUGAGCUUUGAGUACCCAUUUGGCAUAGGACCUGAUGAUCGUUGCUUCAGGGGUCCUGACUUCAGGCUCUUCUGCAACAGCACCGCUCAGCCCCCUCAACUAUUCUUACACGACGGUACCAAAGUUCAUAGUAGUAUUGAUGAUUUUGGUUGCAACAGUUUUGGAGCCUCCUUUUCUCAAGUAAUCCCCAUAAAGCCUGGUGUUGAUGUCUACAACAUGUCACUGAAGGCUCCAGGAAAUUCUUUUGCUAUUGUGGUGAUGUUGGAUCUUUGCAUCGUUGGCUGCGACCUGGAUGUGCUCUUAAAAGAUCAAUACACAGGUUCCUUUAAAGUCAUCAGCACGGUUAACUGCCCCAACAAAACGAUUGCAGAGAUGGUGUAUGCGCAGGAUCCUGAUGGGGGUGGUUGCCACUUCAUAUUCGCUGACAUACCUGUUCAAGCUCUUGAAUUUCAGUUUGUGCUUCACAAAAGGGGUAGGAGGACUGAAAAAGUCUCUAGUUUGAGCAUCCUAUGGGAUAGAAUCAAUAUAACUGUUAAAACUCCCAUUGAGUGGAGCAUCACUGACGACACAAGAUGCCCCAGCAACAAUGAAGACAGGAGGAACUCAGCUUGUGUUAGUGAACACAGUGGUUGCAGGACGCAGAUGUUCUUGGAUCAUGGUUAUGCCUGCCAGUGCAACAAUGGAUACGAGGGAAAUCCUUAUAUCUAUGAUGGCUGCCUGAAUGAUAAAGGAUAUAAUCCGAAAGCACGAAAGGAGAAUUGUUCUCACCACUGUGGGAACAUUACUGUCCCGUUUCCUUUUGGCCUAGAAGAAGGUUGCUCUGCAAGGAGACUUUUCCAACUCAACUGCUCAGACCCGGCACAUUCUGUCCUUCAAUACAACGACCAGCUUCAAGUGACAUACAUAGAUGUGAGUGAGGGCCUUGUCAGCAUGAAAUUCAACUUAAGUUGGGAAUAUUUGACUACGUUACUGGAUUUGCAGAUAUAUUCUAAUGAACCUGGCCUAUUUGUGGAUCCUUUGGAAUCAGCCUCUGUGCAGUGGGCGGUUGCUAAUCUAACCUGCCAACUGGCAAAACAGAAUGCGUCUGGAUAUGCUUGUGUGAGUAACCAUAGCACUUGCCUCAGUGUUAUAAGCUCCUCAGAAGGAUAUGUUGGUUACAGAUGCAAAUGCUUACCAGGUAUUGAAGGAAAUCCGUACAUCCAAGAUGGGUGUUAUGAUAUUGAUGAGUGUCAGCUGUCGCCAGGCAUUUGCAGAGGUGUAGUUUGUCAUAAUACCAUAGGAAACUUCACUUGCACUGAGUGUCCUCGCCACACGAUUUAUGAUAUAGGUGCAAAUCAGUGCACUCCAGCAUCAAAGAAAAACUUAAUGUUAGGUAUCAUAAUUGGGCUGAGCUGUGGUCUUGGCAUUCUUCUUCUAGGCUUAAGUGCAGUAGUGCUCAUUAGACGAUGGAAAAGAAAUGCCCAGAAGAAACUAAGAAGGAAGUAUUUCCGAAAGAACCAAGGCCUUCUCUUAGAGCAACUAAUAUCAUCAGACGAAAAUGCAAGACAUGGCACAGUAUACAAAGGUAUCUUAUCUGAUCAACAUGUGGUGGCUAUCAAGAAGUCCAAGCUUAUCAAGGAUGGUGAAAUCAAUGAUUUCAUCAAUCAGGUUGCAAUCCUCUCUCAGAUAAAUCACAUAAACAUUGUGAAACUCUUUGGGUGUUGUCUUGAAAGUGAGGUCCCCUUACUAGUAUACGAUUUCAUUCCAAAUGGUUCUUUGUUUGAAACUCUUCAUGCUGAUUCUUCAAGUAGUGGAUCCUCCUUACCGUGGAAUGAUUGUCUAAGGAUUGCCACAGAAGCUGCAGGAGCCCUGUACUAUCUCCACUCUGCUGCCUCGAUAUCAAUCUUCCACCGCGAUGUGAAGUCCUCUAACAUACUCCUAGAUGGAAACUAUACUGCUAAAGUUUCCGAUUUUGGCACUUCAAGAUCUGCCCCAAUUGAUCAAACCCAUGUCAGUACCAAUGUGCAGGGCACCUUUGGUUACUUGGAUCCAGAAUAUUACCAAACUGGGAAGCUAAAUGAGAAGAGUGAUGUUUACAGCUUCGGCGUGGUACUUCUAGAGCUUCUUCUGAGAAAACAACCAGUUUUUACAACUGAAUCAGGAACGAAGCAGAACCUGUGUAACUACUUCCUUUCAGAGAUCACAAGGCCGACCACAGGGAUAAUAGCUGCUGAAGUUCUUGAGGAAGCAACAGAGGACGAGAUUGAAAAGGUCGCAUCCCUUGCAGAGAUGUGCUUGAGGCUGCGGGGUGAAGAAAGGCCGACAAUGAAGCAAGUAGUCAUUACACUACAGCUUUUACUAGCAGAAAGGAUGAACUCUUCUCAUGUUGACACAGGAAACGAGGAGUACAUUCAGCCAUUGGUGACAAGAAGAGUUUUAACCUCUCGCCGGCAAUCCUCCUCUGUUGAAUCGAACAAUGGGGCUAAUGUAGCACCUCAGCACAGCUAUAACUACGCUAGCUUGGAGCGAGAGUUUUUAUCAUCAGCUAGUCUACCACGUUAG